ACUAAGAAUCCAGAAUCUGGAGAAGCUGGAUUUAGGAGAUUUUCCAGAUUCUAAGAAGCUGGCUACCAUGCAGCUGCUUCUCAGAAUCUAAAUCUAAAGCUCCCACGAAUAGGCCCAAAAGGAGGUAAUGACCAACAAAUUACAAUACUUAAAAGCAGCGGGAUUUUGAGGCCUCUGGAGAGUUUUGCGCUGGUGUGGCCACAGCGGAGGCCGACACGCCGCCCCCGUCCUUUUCCGGCCAUUUUGCAAAAAAACCCUUAUAGUAGUUGGUAAUUUCUUAUAAGUCACCGGUUAUUUGUUAUUAGUCCCCGUGAAUACAUUCUUAUGUUCAGGAUAUUUACUUAAAGAUCCUCCACAAAAUAGAAAAUCCUAUGCGAAGGAGAGAAAAAUCCGAUAAUAGGACCGCGGGUCUUAAAAACAUAAAUGAGAGGGGCCUUUUUGAAAAGGAUAUACUCAAGGAACCCUAGCCAUCUCACGGCCUCCCCCUGCCCUCCUCCCCGACGCCGCCUCUUGCUCGCCCCGCCUCCGCCUCCGCCUCCGCUCGUGCCGGCGCCGCCCCCGCCCCCGGCGGGUCAGCCGGCUGCUGUUUCGGCCGGCCCCCGACUCGCCGCCCCCGCCACGCCGGCCACCCAACGCGACGUCAUCCCUCCACUAUCCCACGCCGUCGCCGCCUCGUCGAUUGCUCUGGUGGGUCGCGUCCUCCUCGCAGUGCCGUCGCUGCCCCCGCUCUCCUCGCUGUUGUCGGUACCACCGCUCUCUCUCUUCUCGCACUCAAAUGAGUUGCAUCGACGCAACUCCGCUUUGCCACCAUGGGGCCAGAUCUGGUAGAGGGGAGGCCGUGCUAGGCAGAUCUGGUGGCCACAACCUCCCUGUUGGCGGAUCCGGACGCCUGGAGGCGAGGGCGACAACUAACGCAUGAGGCUCGUGGGCGGUGCUGGUGGCAGGAGGCACCUCGGUGAUGGCUGCCUCGACCUGACGAGCAAGAGAAGUUAGAAGGACGACAAAUGAGGUGUUGACAGUGGGGGGAGAUGUUGAGGUGCUUGGCCAUCAAUAGGUUUGUUGCCUCUGGUCUCAGGCUUCCGAAUGGAUUGGAAAAUACGAGGUCACUAGAUUACCCUAAUAUGUUUGGUGCCUGAGGAGCUCUGUUAGAUAGGUUGGUAGGGCACGCAACGCGCGCCGUCCACUCAAGUUCUUCUCUACUCGGUCCAGAACAAUCGUUGUUGGGCUAACUGAACCUGCUAUACGGGCCGUCAUUCCUUUCUAUUCCAGGACAUUGCAACGAUCGUCUCUGUCGUCUGUAACCCUCAAGAUAUGUUCGUGAAUAUACACACCUACUGUUCUCCUAUGAUUUCAUAUCGUAAGAAUGCAUAUAAUUUAUAUAAUGCCUAGAUUUAUUAGCAUCUAGACAAAACUAGAAAGUCUUACGUUAUAAAACAGAGAGAGUAUAUAUAGAGCGAUGACUGAGAAGUGAGAAGCUGACAUGAAUCGACGACGUGUUCUACAGCAGUAAGAACGGGUAAAGUAUCGUCAGUUCGUUGGCUCAAUCCAUCUAGCUUGGCAUCGAUCAUCAGUUCAUCACCGACACCUCACCAUAUAGUUUGUUCGCUGCAAAGGGAGCUAUCAACCACCCCCGUGAUGCAUAUCCUUUUAGCUACACGGAACCAACUUUCUCAUGAUCCUCACCGUGAGACCGAAACCAGAGCUGCUCUGAGUUGACUUCCUUCGCCUAAUCCUGAAUCCAUCUUGCAGUUUGACUAUAAACACAGCUUGAAAAGAAAGAAAGUAAAAAAAAAACUCUGAAUUGUGGUUUAGGCAUGGAAAAAACUCUGAAUAAUGGGUGGUAAAUUCAGAGAUAAUAGUGAGAUAAAGGGAGUGGAGAACGGACGAGCGAGUAAGGCAUGUGGUGGUGAGCAAACAAGGCCAUGCCCGCUGCUUUCUCCGACGGCGGCUUCCCCGCGAAACGACGGGGCGUGGCGGCUUCCUGGCCGACGGCGCGACGCGGCGGGGCAAUCGACUCCGGACGGGUCGAUCGCUGACAUGUGGGCCUCACUUUUGGACUUUUUGCGGGAUGGGCCCCACGGGUCAUGGACUUCCCCAGUGGCGCGCUUUAAAACGUUUGGAGGCACGGGGGAGGGGAGGUCAGUGUGACUUCCACUUUCGCCGCCUCGCUUCGUUUGCUCGCGAUGGCGAUCGCCUGGGCGCUUCUCCGACUGGCCGCCGUCGUCGUCGUCGUGACGUGUGAGGCGUCGCCGGCGGUGGAGGCGGCGGGGGGAGGGAAUAGCUCGGCGGCGUGCCCGCUCGACCUGGGGUACGUGCGGGAGUUCCCGUGGGACCGCGCGCCGUGCAUGCCGCCGGUGGCCAACCAGACCGCCUGCUGCACGACGCUCGUCUCCGUGCUCGGCGUCGGCCUCGCCGCGCGGCUACGUAGCACCGGCCACUUCCGGCUCCCGUCCGCGGACGCCUCGGCCGCCUGCCUCCGCGCCUUCUCCGACGAGCUCGCCUCGCCGCCGCUCUCGCUCCCGGACACCAUCGUGCCGGCCUGCUGGCCCGUUCCGUCCCAGCUCGCCAUCUCGCCGUCCUACUGCGCCGGAGUCACCACCGCCGAGCAGUAUGUCGCCACCGUUGGCAACGCAGCCGUUCUCGCCAGCCUCAACUCCUCAUGUGGCUCCGAUCUCGCCGACCUGUCGGUCUGCUCCAGCUGCCUCGCCGCCGCUAUCGACGCCUUAGGUAGACUCGUCGCCGCCGCGGCGAAGGCAACAAAUCCGCAAAACUGUUUCUACCUCACCGUCCUUUACGCCGCCGGCAUCUCCAGUUCUGCCGGCCCUACCUCCCCCGGCACAGCCAACUGCGCCCUCGGCCUCGCACUCUCCACCCCUUCGGCCUCUUCUUCGCCGACGUCCAGCUCCAACCACACCGUCACCGUCGCCAUCCCAGUCGCUUCCGUCCUGCUCGUCUCCCUCAUAGCAGCGCUACUUGUUUGGAGGAGGAGGCAGGACAGCAACAAGAGAAAGAGCCGCGGUUUCUCCGACGAGCGGCGGAUGUCGCGCCCUCGGCCGAAUGUCGGCUCGGUUCUUUUCAGCAUGGGCGAGCUGGCGAAGGCGACCUGCGGGUUCGCCGAGCGGAACCUCAUCGGCCGCGGCGGGUUUGGCGUCGUGUACCGCGGCGCGCUCGACGACGGGUCCGUGGUCGCCGUCAAGAAGAUGCUCGACCCGGACAUGGAGGGCGGGGACGAGGAGUUCACCAACGAGGUGGAGAUCAUCAGCCACCUCCGUCACCGGAACCUCGUGCCGCUGCGCGGGUGCUGCAUUGCCGACGACGACGCCGACGAAGGCAAGCAGAUGUUCCUCGUGUACGACUACAUGCCGAACGGCUCGCUCGACCACUACAUCUUCCAGGACGGCGGCGAGGGAGGACGGCGGCCGGCGCUGUCGUGGACGCAGCGGCGGGGCGUGAUCCUGGACGUGGCGAGGGGGCUCGAGUACCUGCACCACGGCGUCAAGCCGGGGAUCUACCACCGGGACAUCAAGGCGACCAACAUACUCCUCGACGCCGACAUGCGGGCGCGCGUGGCGGACUUCGGCCUGGCACGCCGGAGCCGGGAGGGGCAGUCCCACCUCACGACGCGCGUGGCAGGCACGCACGGCUACCUCUCGCCGGAGUACGCGCUCUACGGGCAGCUCACCGAGAAGAGCGACGUGUACAGCUUCGGCGUGCUGGUGCUCGAGGUGAUGAGCGGCCGGCGCGCGCUCGACCUCUCCGACCCGUCGGGCGUCGUGCUGAUCACCGACUGGGCGUGGACGCUCGUCAAGGCCGGCCGCGCGCCGGAGGUGAUCGCCGAGGCGCUGCGCGAGCGGGAGGGCCCGGCCGGGGUUCACGCCAUGGAGAGGUUCGUGCUCGUCGGGAUCCUGUGCGCGCACGUCACGGUGGCGUGCCGCCCCACCAUGCCGGAGGCGCUGAGGAUGCUGGAAGGGGACAUGGACAUGCCCGACUUGCCGGAACGGCCGCAGCCGUACGGCCAAAGGAUGGCGUUCGACGAAGGUGAAGGCAAUUUCAGCGUCUCGUCGGUGUUGGGCGGUCCGUUCAUGGACUUCGGCGACAUGCUCCGAUAAACCGAUGGCCUCGGCAGUGGUAUCAACCGUUGAUGGAUGCAACGUGAAAUCCCUCUGUUCUAUACUAUAAGACUUUUUGAAUUUACUUAGAUUCAUCUAUGUAUCAAUGUAUGUGUUAUAUAUGUGUUUAGAUUUAUUAACACACAUAUGAAUUUAGUCGAUAUUAGAAAAUCUUAUAAUAUAUAACGGAGAGAAUAUUUGGAUCCGGAGACAUGGAUCUGCAAUUUUACAUGCGUAUAUAUGCAACACUUUUACAACAAAAUGCUGAGUAACAGAAGUUCAGAGUCCCGCAUCAACAUUA